CGCCCCAGUUGGACUUUAAAAGGGCCCUGCUGGGCUGGGACCGGCACUGUGACAGCGGCUCAGCGUGGACAGACAGAUCAGCACCUGGACAGACACACGGAUACAGCAAGCCGCCUGGAGCCCAGACCCCUUGCCAUGGCCCCCCGCUGUCUGCCUGAGCUGCUACAAUGUCUGCUGCUUGUGGCGUCGGUGCCCUGUGAGUCCCGGAGCUUGGGGGAUGUUGCAUCCAGGCGACACCCCCCACCCGUGGUAACCUUCCUGGAGCAGUUGCGGGGAGCACCCCUGGCGCUGCCAGCCCCCCGGGAGCCGGGCUCUGAGGCCUGGGGCAGUGCCCAGGGCUAUGUACGGCCGGAGGAUGUGCGAGAAGGGCUCGGCCUGCCCGGCAGCCCCCGGCGCCGGCCCCCACGCCAGGUGUCCCCACUGUCCCCGGGCCGUGGAUGCCACCUGGGUACAUGCCAGACCCAGAACCUGGCCAGCUUACUGUACCACUUCGGCAGCAAGGACCUCAAGGACGACUCCCGCAAGACCAGCAAGGGCACAGCCGACCCCCUGGGUUAUGGGCGACGGCGGCGGGGGGCAGCUGGACGAGGGGCCCCCACGGGCACAUAGCCCCUGCGCCCCCACCCCUCCGUGGGCAACACGGCUGAGAGCAGGGCCCUGCCCUGGCAAGACGCAGGCACCGGUGGCAGGGAGGGCAGCUCCCUCCUGGGGCUGGCACAGAACUAGACCCCUCCCUCUGGGGAACUAGGGGACAGGCCCCCCCCAGCCUUCCCCCACCCCACGGACAUGGAUGGAGCAGGGGUCCCCCCCACUCCCCCAAAAGAGGCAGCAUCAGAGCAAAGCGGGCGCUGCUGUGGAGAUGGGCAGGCUGGAUGGUGCUGGGGAGAGGAGGGUAGCUGGGGGGGCUCUGCCCCCCCAGUCCCAAGUUCUUCGUUCAUCAGGGCCUGAGCACAGGUCUAAUAAAGAGGU